UGGAACAUCCUUGACUAUCACCUCUACCUUCUGAGCAAUGAGAAGGGCAGAGACGAGCACACCAGAAAGAACAGCAUGUACAUCUUCGACGGGGAAGAGUGCACCAUCCGUUCUUAUAAGGAGCUGUUCGAUGACGAAGUGCUGGCACCUUUCAACGUCGGUGAUGACCCACAGAUAGUGUUCAACAUUUUACCCAUCAUCGACCAGGAUGCCUCCAAAUGCCACGCGGGCUAUAUCUUGGGGUUCAACUUUGUUGAUAAGACGAUGUAUGCCCGGUAUUUUGAUUGGAUCCCCCACAUCGAAGAUCUCGGGUUUGUGUGGAACGAUGGGUGGAACAUGUAUGAGGUGCAUAUUUAUGACUUGCUUGACAUCCUUGAAGAUUGUUUCGACCUGAAGAAGUUCUUCCCAGGCGAGGGUAUCUUGAGUAAGGGUCAUUGUUGCAGGUCCAAGAAGUCCGAUGAUCCCGGGAUGGAACUAGUCAUGACCAUUCUGUUCUGUCAAUGGAUUGUGGAUGCCGCAGAUCCGCUGUUCGCUCCCGCCUAUCUGCGAAUUGGCAAUCUCAAGGAGCUGACCACCGGCUACGAGCGGCAAUGUCGCCUCGUGCUGCAACGCGCUUCGGCUAGAGCGUGGCACUGCAUCCGCGACGGAUGGAUCCCAGAGGACCUGGCGCGCAGUCUGACGCUCAAUGCGUGGACCAACGAUCUGUAUACAUAUGUCGACUCCAUGUAUGCAGAGAAUGAGAUUCCCUGGCCCGCCCCCGGCUUGACAACUUCAGCCGAGCUUCGAGAGCAGUAUAUCGAGACUCGCAAAGCCGAAACUUCCGCCGAAGUACGUUUCGAGAGACUGUUCAACAAGGCGGAGGACGAC